UGACUUUCUUGAUGAAAUAAAACUUGUAGAAGAAUCUAAUGUCCUAACUUCCUAAUGUACCUCAUGGGUUGCUGUCUAUUGUUUCUUUUGCUGUGUGCAGAAAACUACUUUGCCCAAGUUAUUUUUCAUUUCAUUUGUACCUGGUUGAUGAAGAUGGUAGCUUGUCUUUCAGAAAUUAGUUUGAAACAGCACAUGUGCCAGGCUUAGGGAUGAUUCUCUCCCUUGCCCCCAUCCCUCAUCCCCUGUGCUGUGUCCUCCUCCUUCACCUCCUUCUUCCCUUUGUCUCCUAAAACCUCCAAACCGGUGAAUAAUAAUUGUGUGGAACUAGGAACUCCUAUAGCACAAAGAAAAUGUGCUCACAGAGCAGUCCUGCUGUUCUUUUGGGUUUGGGUUUUUUUUGUAUGAGUGCAUCAUUAGGCAUGGUCUUGUUUUAAAAGUUCUUGUCCUCUACCCGAGGAACUCAGUAGAGUGAGUCCAAUAGGCUCUUUGCAAGAAUGUUGGUAAGGCUGGCAGAAAAGCUUUCCUUCUUAACAAGUGAAAUGAAAUCUAGACCUUAAGAACAGUGUGAAGUGUUCAGAGAGAGCUCACACUACCUGGACACAGAAUGUUGUGGAAAGGAAUGCGUAGGUGAGUCCUGCAUUAGGAGAGCAAGAGACAAAGUCAGUUCCCAGCUUUCUCUGAGCCUCAGUCUUCAGGUGAGACAGAAAAACUGUACAUGUCAGUUUAGAUUCCUAAAAGGAACUGGUUACUGAAUAGGUUCAUAGUAGGAGGGGAUGUUACACAUAACAGUUCUGAAAAUGAGAUCUACUGUGAUCAGAAUCUGCCUGUGGACUCACUGAGCAUUAAGUCUGGCAUGUAGUAAAUGAUUCAGCUGGGGGGAGAGGGGGAAGACAAUGUUGACUUUAAUUGUGGCUUUUGUGCCAGUUUUAAAAUGAAAAAAAUGUGAGAAAAUUGCUGAGCGGUGUGUUGCUUAAAACUAUACAUUAAUGUAUCUCUGGGCUUAGUAAUAAGUAACAAAUUUAGUGUAAGCGUUUUUCUCAAGCAUGUUUUGUUUUAAAAUAUUACAGUUCAGUGUUAAUGGGUCUCUUAAGAAAGUGAUUUAUGAAAUAGAGAGAGUAAGUUGAAGAUGAAAAAGAUCAGUCAGAUUUCCUUUAAUUCAAGGUUAGGAUUGACUACUGGUGCUGUUCCAUCCCAUUAUCCCACUGCAUGGUCUCUGUUUCCUCAUCUGUGAGUAGGCUAACACCAUGUGUGCUGGUCUUUGCAGUGAAAAUCAAAGUCAGCUCAGGAAGACAAUUCAGCAAUUCUUGUUUAACAUAAUUGGUUUUUUCCUAGCCCCUCCACUGUCUCCCCUCACGCCCUCCCCCAGCUCCUCCUUGUGUGUUGGGUCUGUGGUAACUGUACCACAGCUGAGCUCUGAGAUGGAACCUUCAGUACCCUGGCAGUUACUCAGAGCUGCCUUUAUGCUUUUCACCUCUCCCCCUUGGCAGGUAGCUGGGCACACACACCUGCAGGCACCAGAGCAGCUACGGUGAGCACAUGUUCUCCUGCACAUCAGCAAGUAUUUUGAAACUGAAAUUUCUCUGCUCCACUUGCUUUAGAUUCCUCUCAAGCUCUUUGGCUCCCAGCUGCUGGAAUCUGAAGGUUUGGAAGAACAUCGUUCUCUGACCCUGAAAAAUCUGGACUUUUUGUCAGUGACCUACUUAAAGGAAUCCAAGGAAUUUAUAGUUUUAGCUUCCUUGCCAUUACUUUUUUGUUGUGUGUACCUCUUGAUCGGUGGUUUUAGAUCAAGAAACACUAUGAGCACAACUCAACGAAAGCGCCGUGGAGGAGCAGUUAAUUCUAGGCAAGCUCGAAAAAGAAACAGGCUCACGGCUUCUACUGCAGAAAUGGCCUCAGAAGCAGAGCCAAUUGAACUUGAAGAAAGCGCUGGUGAAGAAGUAGUAGAUCUCACAUGUGAAUCUUCAGAUCCUGUGGUCGUUGAUCUAACUCACAAUGAUGCCGUUGUGAUUGUUGAAGAGAAUCAAAGACAAAGGAGAAAUCUUAGACUAAGAAGCCAGCGACAGUCGGACAGCUGUGUACUGAGCAGCGAUGAUGAAGAUGAAACAAGAGAUAAUGAUGUGUAUGUAACUGAAAAAGUGUCUCGAGAACUGGGACCACUGGAAGAGGAAACUGAAAGCACUAAGCCGUCUGGUACUGUUAGCUGUCCCAUUUGCAUGGAUGUCUACUCAGAGAUUGUGCAAAGUGGACGACUGAUUGUGUCAACAAAAUGUGGCCAUGUCUUCUGCAGUCAGUGCCUCCGUGAUUCCCUUAGGAAUGCCAACUCUUGCCCAACCUGCAGGAAGAAACUCACUCACAGACAAUAUCAUCCCAUUUAUAUAUGAGUACUUUUACUUCUCAGGACAGUCUCAAUGGAUUUUGGGGGAAAAUGUCAUGUUUUCAGUGCUUUGAAGAUUUAAAGAGCAACAGGUUGUGCACAAAUCCAAAUAAAAUUGUUUUGGUUUUUUUUUUGGAGAACGACUUGUAUGUAUCUAGACAACUUUUUUUUACGGUCCAAGCUGCUUCUUUUUAUGUUCCUUGUUAUAAUGUUUUAUCAAUGACUGUCUAUAAACUAGACCAGCAGCCUAGACCAGGAAGGAAGCAGUUAAUCAAUUUUCUUCUACUUUUUCUAAUGCUAAAAUGAGGGGGCCUGAAUAUUUUGUUUUUUCUUACUCUAUAAAUUAUUCCCACCAUCAUAUAUAGAUAUGAAAGUUUCCUUUUCAGAAGACAGUUUAGCAAUUUACCAUUUAAUUACACUUUUGUUUUUGUCCUGUAAGAAGUUCAUGACUCUUACUUUCCUGCAUGUCAUCUUUGCCCAAGUAGAGUAAGUUCUGUACUGAUGGCUUGUGUUUUCAUAAACAAGGCUUAAAUUGACAAUGAAGGUUAUGCAAUAAAAUAACCUGCUGUUGACCAGCAGUCAGGUGUUUUGAGCAGAAGGCUUGAACAUGUAGAUGUUUUUAUGAACUCCAUGAGAUCUAAAGUACGUAGAAACGUUGCAACAUGUACAAUGUGAAAAUACUUCUUUGAUUGUUUUAACUGCCAAGAAUUCCUGUAUUUGAAUCCAAACACUGAAUUUAUUUUCUAACAUGUUGAGGUGGUCUCUUGGGUUUACUGCUGUGCUGUAACACUCUCUCCUAAUAACUAAUGAGAAUAUAGACUUCUCUAGGCUUCCUAGUGAUGAAUAAGAAGCAAAUUGUAUGCUGCCCUCUUGUCAGGUGAAUACCAAACUACCUACAGAUCUUCUUACUGUGUCAGCUGUUCCCUGUUUAAUGCUUUGAGUGUGUUUGCUUUGCUGUUCUCUCUGGUUGUUACACUGAUACCUGACUGGUUGUAGCCUGGUGCAUAGGAUUGAAAAUUAAAUAACCAUACUGCCUUGGAUUUAGGAAGUGGAGGCUUUAGAAGGUGUUUGGUAGCAAUAUUAACUUGACAACUUUUUGAGAGACAAAUUUAAUCACUCUUUGCCCUGAGGGUUGCCCAGCUUUCUUUAAAUGUGUAUUUUUAAAAAAAAGAGAAGAUGGGUAUUUGUCCUAGGAGAGAGAAUUCCUCUAUUUCAGAAGGCAGGAAUACACCAGUUUAUGUACUGUUAUCAAGUCACUUUUUUUUCACCUCAGAACUGAGUUCUAAAUGCUUCAAGUCUGUUACUAAAUGUGCAAGCUGAUGUAGAAUCCUAGAAGAGCCGAUACAAACAGGUUUAUGUAGACAAGAUGAUUAAAAUCAAUGUUUUAUGAUCCACAUUUGCAGUAGGCAUAUCUAUGAAAAAGUCCAGAAUUAACCUUGGACACCUUUUGGCAGUUGGUUGAUUAUGGAAACCAUUAUAAGAACCAUUCUGUGCCCUGGUGCAGCACAACUGUAGGAUGUGCCUUUGCUAACCUGUCCUAGGGAUCUGUUGUAGGAAGUCUUUAAUUACAGCAGCUCUGUUUCAAGAUCUUUCUUGAAGUUUACAACCCAAAGUAAAGUUGAUUUUUUUUAAUUUUUUUUUUUAAAUGAGGAUGUUUCUGGAUAUAGUAAUACAGAGUUUUGUUCUGUAAAGGCUGUCUGAAGAAAUGCAGUACCUUCCCCACCCUGGUUUGGAAUAGCUUUGGUUCAGCACUGUUAGCAGGAAUAUGCAGUUUCUGCAUUGUGGCACUACGGUGACUCCUACAAAGUUACACACAUUAAGUUCCUGUGUGCUCCCACUGGUAAUAUAAACUACAGGCAAGGACUACAGCUGUCUUAGGGUGGUGUGGUGACAGUGACGGCUGCAUUUGUGUCCCAAAAAGCAGAUAGUCAAUGCUUAAAGCAUUAACUCUGCGAAGAGAAAAAACCCAACAUUAAAACAGUCAAGACCCUUAAGGGUCACAGGAACAGCUUUCCCCAAGUAGCUUAAGAAACAAAUAAUACUAAAUUAGGGCCAGUUUUCCUUGGGUGACUGCUCCAUGAGAAAAACGAUCAAAAGAAGAUUUAAGGGAUUACUUCUAGGGAUGAGGGUCAGUUCCUUAACCAUGCAUCUUUCACAGUGUACUAGCCAUAGCCUAAAUGACUUUGCACAACUCCCUCCAUGUAAAUAACACUUUACAGUUAGUGUCUCCAUAAAUAGAUUUAAUUGAAAUUUAGAUAUCAUAAACUAUAAAAUAACAAGACAAAACAUUUUUAGCUUUUGUGUACCCUGUGAAGUGCCACAAAUUUUGUGCAUCUCAAAAUGGAUAUUAUGCCUCAGUAAAUGGAAAAAAAAUAGGAAAUUCAUUACAUGCUUUCUUUUUAAGGGGAAAAAAGAAAAAAGUCUGAAUAUACUUGAGUUCCAGUAAUGUUUGGCAUUGGCAAGAACUCAUAGAUACAGGAAAAAACUCUUUAUAAUAUGUAGAUGUCUGUCUUGCUGUAUAUAGUUCAAUUUUUCCUGUAUUUAAUUGUAUUCGAGUCUGUCUGCCCAUCUGUGUGGGACUCUGCUGGUAAGCAAAGGGUUUUUUUAACAGGUGGAAAUAAAACUCUUGGUUUGACCAAUCA